AUGACAACAGAAGGCAAACCUGACAUUCCAACCCCAAUAACGAAUGCAAAUAUUAAUACAAAUACAGCGCAACGAGUGCAAAAUCCGAAAAUCAAACCUCAUGGAAUUGUUCUGGUGGGAAAGAAAGUGAAGACGCCCUUUGGAAGUGGAGUCGUCACUGCCUACCGAUACCAAGACUCUAUCUAUGAAAUUCAACUGCCAACUCAGGCUACCGCUACAUCUAGAUCUGUAAAUACCUUGUACACAAGGGAAGUUCCUGAGAAGAUCCAAUCCAAAGAAGACGAUGCAGAGGCACUCAAUGUCGCCUACGAAGCCUUGGAAAAGAUGCGUCGACUGAAUUUGGAAAUGCAAUGCUUUGACGUUGGAAUCAUCCAUGUGGAUCAUGGUCACUGUACAACCUGUCUAUUGAGCAAUUCCAUUCCAACCAAGCGAUUCCCACGAUUGCAACAAGCCUACGAAGGUGCCACCGUCGCACAAGAGUCGGCGGCCAAUAACAUUGCCAAAAUCCCGAAGCUCUUUCAAUGGCAACAACAACAACAGGGAUCAGACGCGGCGACGACAAGGCAACAAUCGUUGAAUCAGAGGAAUGUGUUUCAAAAGCUGCCUAGUCGUUUAUUUGGUAACAAGAACAACGACCACAAAAACAAUUUGCCUGAUACCAAAGAGAAUCAAUCCACACCCGCCAAUCACCAAAUGCUAGACGAGAGAAAGCCAGCCGCCAAAGCAGGAACACCCCGAGUUCUACCCAGAAUUCAAAACUUGUUGGACAACCGAUUAAAGCAACAAAGUCCAUCGUGCUUGAUUUGCGCUUCUCCCAGUUGCCCCAAUCACUGUUCUCCGAGUUUUCGCAAAGAUGGGAUUACGGUUUGUUUGAAUUGCGAGCGCCUCUUUCAACUCGAAUUCAUUACGACGUGCGUCAAGGAGCCAGAUGCACAAAUUCGGGCCAAACACAUUGAUCACAUGAUUGAUUUGUACGACCGAUGUCUGCUUCUGUUGAACUAUUCUUCGCAAUAUAUUGAACAAAUUGCAGUGACUUUGGAAAAUACCAAAGAGAAGCAAAACAAGAUUGGGUUGGGUAGUAGCGGUGUGGGUGUCGUGUCGGGUGUCUUGGGGAUUGCUGCUGCAGCGACCAUCUUGACACCCGCUGGACCUCCCUUGCUCAUUGCUUCCCUUGUGUUUGGAGGAAGUGCCACGACGGUACAGGUUGGAACAGAGGCAUUGAAUUACUUUUCAGAACCCAACAAGCUUGCCGAUAGAAUCAUUGCCUUACAUGGAAUGACGCUUUCUAUAUUGAGAGUGACGAGUACGUUGCGGGAUGCCAUGAUGAGAGACUACAUCCGGACGGAUGGCAUUUGUGAUGAAAAGGGGGAUCUCGCGCAAGUGGUUCAGGAACGUUUUGAAAAGCAUCGUAGUGGUGUAGUGGCUGGUGUCAAUGCAGGAAGUGGUGUGGCAUUGGGAGGAGUUGCUCUUACCGAAGCUGGUGCCUUGGCGGCUGCAGACGCUGGUGCCAUGGCAGCUCAAGCAGCACGAGUGGCUUCUACCGAGGCUGGUGUGUUGGCCGGUGCUGGAGCGGGAGCAAGAGGAGCUAGUGUGGCGUCCCGAGCAACCACGGCGAGUUCUGCAGCUGCUCGCGGCCUACGAUUUGCUCGUUUUGCGGGAGGUGCAUUGAGCGCAGCGGUUCUCUUGAUGGAGGCAAAUGCCAUGCAUCAUACCUUGCGUGAUAUUCAAGAGGGCAAUCCAUGCGAAAAGGCCAAAAUCAUGCGAGGAAUUCUACAGGAGUUGGAAGCUUCGGCUCUUCCAUCGUCAUCGGCCUUGGACGAAGAAUGCCAAAGAUAUCUGGAAGCUAUGAUGAGCCGUCCACACAUCCCCGAGGUGGAUGCCGAAGCAGCGGAAGGUCACGAAGAUGACUUGCCACAAGCUGAAUGCAUUGUAGCUUCUAGUGAAGGCAUGGCGGCCCCAGGAGCAAUAAUUGUCGAAGGAGCAGGAAACCAGACCACCAGUGAUAGUCUACCGCUAUCAUCUGUUGUGGCUGAAGAAGCAAGUCCAUCGCUAACAUCUUCUGUAAUGAAUGGCUCAAGUUCACUGUUCCAACGGAUCCAAAUGCACCAAAGACAACGGCGGGAAAUGGAGGCAGCUCGAAAUGACGAGGUAAUCGCCGUGAUAGUGGAAUCAGAGGAAGCAAGAAGAGCCCAACUGAAUCUGCUAUGA